CUUAGAUUUCAUUCUGGAGACUGGGGGGCCCCUUGAACAGACUGCUCUUCAGGGCAUUUUUCUUCUGUCACCUCGAAGGCUUGCGUCUCCAGACCAAACCAUGAUGUGGAAAAAGAGCUUUCUUGCGUUUCUUCUCUCUCUUUCAGCUCUAAAACCUGCACCGGCUUCUGGGAACAAUACAGAAACAAACAAAAAGAACAACAAAGAAAAAACUUGUUUUCCAGAAUUCACUCAUCCACAUUUGGUCUCAAAAACGAACGUAGUCAUGAAGGGUCAAAAUGUAUCUCUAAUUUGUCCCAACCAGAACAAACUCCCACAGAUCACCUAUUCUUUGUUUUGGAAUAAUCGACACCUAGUAACCCAGAAAGGUGAACCCGCGAUUUUUAACCUAAGCAUCACAGGAAUCCAUGCGUUGGGGACCUACAAAUGCAAAGCCCAAGUUCUCAACUGUUCAAAAUACAGUCAUCCGUUUAACUUCACAUUUGUUGACCCAGUGACCACGCCAGUGCUGAACGUUAAUGUCGUUCAAACGAAAACAGACCGAUAUAUAACACUACACUGCAUCUCGUUCAAUGGCUCUCUGCCCAUCAAUUAUACUUUCUUUGAAAAAAACACCUCUGUGUCACCAGUUAUUUCCAAGGAUGUAAGGGAGCCUGCUGAAUUUAAUUUAACCAGGAACACUGGAGAAGUGGAAGAGUAUAGAUGUGAAGCUAAAAACAGAUUGCCUAACCAUGCAAAAUACAGUCAACCCGUCCCCAUAUUCUCAACAGGUGGAGACGGCUGUCGUUUCUGCCUGUGGUUACUGCUUCCGGGGUUAUUAUUGGUGCUAAUCAUAAUCAUCCUAAUUCUGGCAUUUUGGAUACUACCAAAGCACAAAGCAAGAAAAGCUAUGAAAGAUAAAGUGCCCAGAGACUGUGGAAAUACACCCAUGGAAGCUGGAAUAUAUGCAAAUAUCUACAAAAAUCAAGCAGAUAAGGAGUCUGGGCCAGGCUUGGGACUAAGGCCGUGUGUUUCCACAGCCCGAGAUGAAACUGGACACUCUGAGGAGAUACAUUACGCCACCCCCAUAUUCCAGGAGGUGAAACCAAAAGAUCACGAAGACUGUAAUGACGGGAAAACUGCACAUGUCUAUUCUGACCUCAGAAUACAAACUGAAAUUUAAGAUACAAACUACAUCUCAGGGCCCACUGAAGUUUCAGAAGCAAAAACCAUGUCUAAAUUCUAAAACAAAAAUUGGUGACCUUGAAAAUGUUUCCGAAGAACACAAUGCCUGCAGUCACCACGAGAGGAAGGCAAGAUUACCCAAUAAGCACACAUUUAUCAUUCACUGCCACGUAAAUUUGCUCUCCGAUUUUGGAAGGCUGCAAAAAUGCUUAUAUUGAUGUUCAUGGACUUUCUCAGUCCUCAAGAUUUAGCUGAUGUCAAAGGUGGGCCUAAGUGUUGUGUGGAAAGAACAGCCCAGAAUUGAGUUGGGGGAAAAGGGAGAAUGGAUUAAUAGUUUCCCUAAGGCUGUUGUAACAAAUUACCUCAAACUGGUGGCUUUACACAACAGAAACUUAUUUUCUCACAGAUCUGGAGGCCCGAAAUCCGCACUCCCUUCAGAGUCUCUAGGGGAGGACCCGGGCUUGCUUCUUCCAGCUUUGGUGCCUCCUGGUAUUUCCUGGCUCAUGGCAGCAUUACUCCAAUCUCUGCCUGUCUUCACAUGGCCUUCUCUUCUCUGCCAUUCUCUUAGAAGAGCACUGGUCACAGGACUUAGGAACCACCCUGAUGAUCCAGGAUGACCUCAUCACGGGGUCCUUAACUUAAUUACACCUGCAAAGACCCUUUAUCCAAAUAAGGUGACAUUUGCAGGUUCCAAGCAUUAGGUCAUGGACCUCUCUUCUUGGGGAGUCACCAUUCAGCCCACUAUAAGGGACAAAAUGAGAGAAAAAUAAUAUCUAUGUCAUGGAGCUCAGGUAACAAAUGUAAAGGGCUUCGAACAAGGCCGGGCAUACAAUAACUCAAAAAAGGCUAGCUAUGCGUAGUAUGGUCAUGCUUACUCUGAGUCAUCCUGAUUGGCUGCUCCCCUUAGAAACCCUUUAAAGUCUUUGAGGUCAUGAACUUGGCAACUUGGCAACGGGCUUCUUUGGGUCUUCACCUGAGCUCCUUCCUGAAGCAGAGCUUGAGGCAAGGCCUUGGGUGCAGGUUGUUUAUAUGGGAGGUAAUCCCAGGGAGAGGGAAACAGAAGAAAACAAAGCCAACACAAGGGGUGCGGAGGGGCUAGCAAAUGAAUGACCAUACUGGUAACUGGAUUGGAUCCUGUUAAGACAGUCUAAGGUCCUGAAGUCCAGGAUGCCUCUGGGUUUCACAGCAUGCCCUGAAUCAACAGCCUCUCAUUUUCUCCUGGCAAAGCUUCUAAAGCAGUUAGUACGAGCCAACCUACUCCACAAUCCAUAUAAUUAGCAUUGCCCCAUGUCUUUCAAGUGCUAGAACUAUUGCAUAACCUAGUGCUCACUAAUCUACCUUGGCAGGGGCAAGUCUUAGCAAUUGUGAAGCUAUGGCGUGUAAAGGUUAUCACCACCCCCGUUACCACCAGCGACAGUCCAUGUCAUCCACCCAGGGCUGCCUUCCAGGACCUUCCGAUACCCUGUCUUAUCCCGGGCUAGCCCUGAAAGCAGAGCCUGAGAUAAGGCCUUCGGUGCAAAUAAUUUAUUUGGGAGGAGACCCAAGGGAACAGGUGUGAGGGACUGAAGGAAAAGCCAGUACAAGGGUGUAUUGCUGAGUGAGUGGGGCACUGCUGUGGGCACCGGGCACUUGAUGAUCCCACGGGAACCUGCUGAAGAGUAAAAACAUGUCUCUCAGAAUCGCCCACUUGAGGACGAUAGUGAGAAGCAUUUAUCUAUUGGCUGGGGGGUCACCCCAGGAGGUGAUGCACCCCAACUUCUGGGCUGUGCAUGUGAGCAUUCCAAGCUGGCUUCCAUGGGAGUCCCACCUAGGGCCCUGGAAACCCCCAGGGCAGAAAAUGAGUGAUGAAGCUGUCAACAGAGUGAGUGAAGCCUCAAAUGCAGCUGGAAUCAGAGGAUGUGACGCAGGAUACAGACGUGGCUGGAACGCACCUCUCAACAGUUCCUUAUAAGCACUGUAAUAAUGACAACAGUAACUGCCACGUGUUGCACACAUACUAGGUUCCGGGUCCUAUCCAGCGCUUUGUGACCUUCUCCUCAUGGAGGCCUCCCAACAGCUCCCUCCUCACCCAGCGCCACCUGACCCCCUGCACAGACACUCAGCCUCAGCCCAAGGCUUUUGGAUUCAAUCCAAAAAGAAGAGGAAAGAAGAGGAAAAGGAAGAAGAAGAUCUACUGGAUUUUCAUUUCAAUGUCUACUUUUUUUCAUGUCUAGAAGUUUCACUUUGGUGCUUUUUCAAAUCUACAUAUUCCUUAAACAUUUCUUUUUGCUGUGAAAUAGACCACACAUUCUAUGAAGAUGCAUAAAAACACAGAUGUAGGUUAGUAGAUUGUAUCACAUGAACACCAGGUGAUGAAACGUCACCAGCAGCUGAGAUCUCAGCCCUCUGUAGGCCUCUUCCCAAUCUCAGUCCCAGCUCCCCAACUUAACUACUCAUUUAUGGGACAUUUAGGUUGUUGUCAGUUCGGGGCUAUUCUUGCACUGUAACAUGUCUCCUGGUCCCCAUGUGCAUGCCACUAUGAAUAUGUGCAGGAAUGGAAUUACUGGGCCAUGGGCUAUGUUUACCCCCAGUCUAAGCUGACAAUGCCACCCUGUCACGUCCAGCGUGGCAAGGGCAAAUGAGUCUCGAGAGGGGCGACACAGAUUGACUAAGAAAUAGAGACAAAAGUAAGAUUUGAGCGAGACCAAGGGACUCAGCCAGAGAAGACAGCCCGGAAUCGGG